UCCCAGACUCUUGCUUCCAAAGGAGCGCACAAGUUUAUUCCCUUGGUAAAUCACGGGGGUAAAGCAGACCUGAUGAUGCAAUGAGCUUGCUCGGCGGUACCAUGACUGUGUAACGGGUCUUAAUGUAUAAGUGUGCUCGGCGGUAGGUUCAAACAACGCGGAUCCUCAAAGCAUGUGCUCAUGGUAUAUUUGUGUUUUAACACCCGUGUAAAUGUUAAUUAUAUUGAUUCAUUGUUGAUAUUUCAGAUGCAGAGUUCAGAAAUGGCGCUAAGUUCAGCUCCAAGUGAAACUAACAAUGUUAGAACAAUAGUAGCUAGACGCUACUAUGUUAAACAUUCCAUUGUUCCCUUUGAGGAAGAUGCAACACAUGAGUUCAAAGGACAUGCCAAUAUUUGUAUAGAAGACAUUCCGAAUUAUUGCGUUAAUGCUGGCGCAUCAAGUAAACGCUCCCGACAGCCUAUUUCCAAGACGUUGAAUGGGUUUAUUAACACAGGUGAAGGAGGAACUGUUUAUUGCGGGAUCUUGGAUAGUGGUUCUGUGAAAGGAAUCAAACUGAUUCAAUACAAGAAGGAUCACUAUGUUGCUAGUGUGGAUGAUUGUAUGGGUAGGUUCAACCCACCUGUGGAUAAAUCAAGAUACGAGGUUCGUUUUAUUCCCGUGGUAGAACCUAAUUCUUCACAAGCGGAGAUAUCUGCCAUUUGCUCAUAUGAUUCCAGAAAGGGUGUUAGUUUAGAAAGCAGGCGACGUGAACAUCUUCUACGUAGUCAGAAUUAUUGUUGGUGCGACAAAGAGUCAAUAGCGUUGUUCAAUAACAAUGUAAUAGCGCCAUCAUAUAUCAUUGAGAUAUGCAUCAAACCUUGGGCAGAGUGUGCAUCUAUGAAAAACAGUUCCUCAUUGGUUAAUAUCUUGUCCCCAUAUCACGAGGAUGAAGAAGGCUUGUGUUAUUUCAGGCGUCAAGCCAGUGUGGUGCAAUAUUCCCUCUGUGAAAUGAUCCAGUUUACGCGACAGGAUGUCCAAGAUUAUUUUAAAGAGAAAAUAAAGAAGUUAGAAGAACAGCUGAAAAUGAUAAUAGUGAGCGGGAAUAAAAUCCUAUAAUGUAAAUACCAUUUUAAAUUCAUGCAUUUAUUUUUAAGCUUGUUAUUAUAGUGCAAUUAAGAAAUUGCUGCAUAAUUUAUUAGAUAUUUGUAUCUUGUUAAACAUGAUAUAAAUAAAAGAUAUGCACAGAACAGAAAAAGAAAAGUCAGUCUUGUGGUUUUGUUUUACUGGUAAUGAUGUCACCACCACAAUUGAUGACAUUUUAUAGAUAGUCUCCAACUUUUAUUGUGGACAGUGUUUGGCAUUUAGGGGUUUGUUGUUUGGUGGCCAGCAUCUGUACCAAAUGGCACGUGGUAACAUUUUGCAUGUUGAUGCCUUGUUAUUGUUAUUAUUCUGAAAUAUGCCUGAUGAAUGAAAAAUGAAAAAAGUUCAAUAGGAAUAUAGUGAGGC